UCCUCAUUGGUUUCUAUGUGGCAGAAGGAGGCGGGAGAGCCGCCGAGCCGAGGUCGCGCGAGAGCGGCGCCCGAUGCCCAGAGCGCAGGCGCCCAGGAGUUGGCAGGGACCCCAGCCGAGGGCGGGCCAGAAGACGCGUCGUUUGGCUUUGGACAGCGUCGCCGAGUCGUCUGGGUUCAACCGCUGGGCCGCCAAAAGCUUUUGUCAGGGGCCUGGGCGAGGACGAGGCCCUCGAGGUUCCCGAUGGUGUCCAUGACUUUCAAGCGGGGCCGCAGCGACCGGUUCUACAGCACCCGGUGCUGCGGCUGUUGUCAUGUCCGCACCGGGACGAUUAUCCUGGGGACCUGGUACAUGGUGGUCAACCUAUUGAUGGCAAUUUUGCUGACUGUGGAAGUGACGCAUCCAAACUCCAUGCCAGCUGUCAACAUCCAGUAUGAAGUCAUUGGUAAUUACUAUUCAUCUGAGAGAAUGGCUGAUAAUGCCUGCGUUCUUUUUGCCGUCUCUGUUCUCAUGUUUAUCAUCAGCUCAAUGCUGGUGUAUGGAGCAAUUUCUUAUCAAGUGGGCUGGCUGAUUCCGUUCUUCUGCUACCGGCUUUUUGACUUUGUUCUCAGUUGUCUGGUGGCCAUCAGUUCUCUCACUUACUUGCCAAGAAUCAAAGAAUAUCUGGAUCAGUUACCUGAUUUCCCCUACAAAGAUGACCUUCUGGCUUUGGACUCCAGCUGCCUUCUGUUCAUUGUUCUUGUGUUCUUUGUGAUAUUCAUCAUUUUUAAGGCUUACCUAAUCAAUUGUGUUUGGAACUGCUACAAGUACAUCAACAACAGAAAUGUGCCGGAGAUUGCCGUGUACCCUGCCUUUGAAGCGCCUCCACAGUACGUUUUGCCAACCUAUGAAAUGGCCGUGAAGAUGCCUGAGAAAGAGCCACCGCCUCCUUACCUGCCUGCCUAAGGACAUUGUGCCUUGUCAAUAAAGCCUAUACCAGCUUCUUGUCUUGUUUAUUUUACAGAAAGCUGCAAUGCAGGGCUCUCAGACUUGUUUGAUAUAAAGUGCACUGUCUUGUCUGAGCAUUUAUUUUCAAGCACUAAGGAGCUUUUGGACAUUUAUUAAAAACUUUUUGUUAAGUAUCACAUUUUAGAGACUUUCUGAAGACAAUCUAGGUUAGCAAGAGCACAGUGCCAUUGUUAGCCUUGAACUAAGGGGCAGGGAGGGAAGGGCAUUCUCCAUAUUUUCUUUUUUAACUUUGCACUUUCAUUGUAUAAUGGUUUGUGUUUCAGAUGUUUGAUGCCCUGGAUAGUUUCGAGAGAAUGAAUCCAGUGUUUGGGAUGAACGAGUUGGGUAUACGGUCUGUAGUUCCCAGCUCUGUGGAGCAGGAAACAGCGUUGUGGCUUGUCUGUGGAAGAGGGUGGUUGCAUGCUUCCAUCUUUGUGACAAGAUGCUUAAUAAACUCUCAAGUUUU